AUGGAUUCUUCAACGCCAUAUGGACCCCAGCGUGAAAGACUUCCAUCAACAAUAUAUCCUCUCCCUAAUGGGAGAAAAUUAGAUGUCAGAGCACACCAAAGAACGUACGAAGGGGCAUACACACGGACAGCCAUUGGAUGCUUAUCGUUCGCUCUACUAGUUCUCAAGUUGUUUUCGAAAGAAUUCAUGCCAUUGGGUGCUGUUUAUACGGCUUACGGCUGUAUAGUGUACUUCUUUGGAGUUGCUAAGUCUAGGCAAGUAGAAUUUUAUUACAACCCCAAUAAGGACCAAGAGAUGUUCAAGACAGCAGGUGAUUCCGUCUUGUUUUUAAGCAUAGUUAGCUUGGUAAGUUAUAUUGCCAUCUUAAGUCUUAUAUUACGUAUGUAA